CAGAUCCUAUAGCCCUGACCGGCACCGGAGCCAUACAAAAGGCCGACCUUACCUGCACUUCUGUCUCACCUCCUCGACAAGUCCCCCGCCUGCCCACCAUGUCGCACCCCGUCCUCGCCUCCUUCGACCCCUUCGCUGUCCACCCAUUCACCAGCAACAAGGGUCUCGCCCCCAAGCCACCGCAGCCGUCGGGCUACCCUGCCCCCAUCCCGACGCCGUCGAUGCUCGUCCCAUCAGCAGCAGCACCCGUGUCGCCCUCCUCGUCGCCCCCCUCGUCCCAGACCACAGUCCACGCGCCCAGACCGCGCCGCGCCAAUAGCCCCGGGUCAUCUGGCUCGUCCACCCUGCGCCAGCAGCCCAUCUUCGUCCCGUUCCGUCCGGAGCGUUCAUCACCAGACCUAGGAGACAUACUCCUCAAGAAAAAACCCGUGCAUGGCUUUAGCUUCGGCUCGGAGCCGUCGACGCCGCCAACGAUGUCGAUGAAGAGCAGUGACGCAAAGGCGAAGCACUGAGUCGGGCGCAUGUGAUUCCCUUGGUAUACCCGCGCGAUGACAUCAGCCAUCGCCACCACUUAAUGACGGAAAUGAAGUCGAAGAAGCAAGAAGAUCGUCUAUGCUCCAAAUUGGAGCAAGCUUAUGUCGCAAGAGUGCGGGGCGACGCGGGGAUCCGGAGAGAUGGAUGUCAAAAUGAACUCAGUCCGCUGAGUGUUCAGAAGUGGCAAAAACUGUACUUGUAUGGCAUGUCGGAUUCACAUUCUUGGGACUUUUUUGCAUGAUGCAUCGUAUACCUUAUCCUCACUGUUUUGCUGUUCCCACAUCCCCGUCUUCAUGUUCUGCUUACCAUUCCCCGAUAGCGUACGCACCUUAACACUGUACCAUCACCUUCUAUCGCCCUAAUCAUAAUAUGUAUAUGCCUACGUCAGGCCUGCCUCGACCUCCUC